UGUUCUCUCUUAUCAGUGACUUUAGUCGAAGGCCUUGGGUUUGCUGACUUUAAUUCAAGAACGAGGUAAAGGUUAAAGACCCAAGAUUCCUUCAAUAGUUUGCUAACAAAGGUUGAAUGCAGUCAUGUGGUUCUAAUAACUCUAGUCUGGUGGCUCGGCAGUACAGGGCUCCCACAGACAUAAGCAAAACAGAACAAACCACAACGUCUGAACUUGGUGACAUGAGAAAAUGGCAGGAAAUGGCAAAAGAGGAGCUGGAAUCUCAGUACUCCCCUAGCAAGUGGUCUCCACGACUGCUCAAGGAUGUUAUCGAGGCUCAUAUACAGGCAACGAGUGAUGCUACCCGCCAUGUCCAGGCUGCCACCCAGACUCUGAUGAAUGUCCCUUAUGGACUUGGAGAGGGAGAGAAACUUGAUGUGUAUCUUCCUAAAGAGCCCUCUCAGACCUCUCCUCUGGUUCUCUACAUUCAUGGUGGCUACUGGCAAUCGCUGAGCAAAGAGGUUUCAGGCUUUGCUGCAGGGCCCCUAGUGACCUGUGGCAUUGCCUUGGCUGCAGUAGACUAUGAUGUGGCUCCCAACGGGCAGCUGGAGGAGAUGGUCAGGCAGGUGCGACGUAGUGUGGCCUUUGCAGCUCAGCAAUAUGCAGGGAGCAGUGGUCUUUAUUUGCUGGGACAUUCAGCAGGAGCUCACUUGGCAGCCAUGGUGCUUUCCACAAACUGGACAGAAUUUGGUGUUGAGCCAAACAUCAAAGGAGCCUUUCUGGUGAGUGGUGUGUAUGACCUGGAGCCUAUAAUGCACACCUAUGUCAAUGAUGUACUGCACAUAAACGGGGAAAUUGCCCAGUCAAACAGUCCUUUGCGGUGUGCCCCUAAGCUGGAGGGCAGGCAGGGUUGCCCUGUACUAAUUGUUGUGGCACAACAUGACUCUCCUGAAUUCCGCAGACAGUCCUGGGAGUACUUUGAGGUGCUACGCAUAGCUGGCUGGAGUGCUUCCUUGGUGGACAUCGCAGACACAGAUCAUUUCGAUGUGGUUGAGAAACUCUCCCAGGAGGACUAUCUCCUCACACAGGUUAUUCUGCAUAUGAUUUCAAGAAACCGAUUGGCUGGAAAGUGAUAAAGCUCUCAGCCUGAAGUUUUUCUGCUCCAUCUAUAAGACUGUCUGCAUCAUUUGUACUUGCUUGCCGCUUCCUCCAAUGUCUUUGUGUAAUGCCAUCAUACUUCAAAAUGAGAAUCUCUCACAAUCUCCUUUUUCAACUACAGUUGUAGCCAGUUUGGAGAUUUUGUUUGGAAGAGAAACAUACUCUUCCUACUUUAUUUUUUCCAAGGUUUUCUUGAAAAGAACAUAGUUCUUUACACCUGGACUGCUUUGAGUCAUGCACUUAGACAGCCUCUUAAGAAGACUUUGGAUACCUCCCCUUGCUCCUGUGAAAAAAAUCUCCUUCCUUCCAGCUUUAUGAGAACGUUAAAAUAAAAUUAAGGCAUAAAUUGUAA